AUGACGGUCGACCAGGAGGGCCCGACGCCCUGGCUCCAGGUCGCCGUCUGCGCCGGCCUCUACGCGGCGCCGUCCAUGCUCGUCGUCGCGCCGGCGCUCGUCGACGCGAAGAUCGAGAGCGAGACGGGCUGGCCCGCGUCGGCGCUCACCGUGGCGUCGAGCCUCAUGUUCGCCGCGUCGGCGCCCGGGGCGCUCGUCGGCGCGUCGGCCGCGGACGUCAAGGGCCGGCGGCCCCUGGCCGUGGCCAUGACGGCGGGCACGGGCGCGUGCCUCGCGCUCGCCGCCGUCGCGCCGCGGGGCUCCGGCGGCGCCGUGCUCUUCGGCGCCGCGCGCGUCGCCGGCGGCCUCAUCUCGGGCGGCGCGGCGCCGACGUGCUUCACCUGGGCCAUGGAGCUCACGCCGAAGCGGUCGGCGGUGCGGGCCGCCACGGCGAUGAACGUGCUCUGGGUCGGCGGGCCGCUCUACGUCGCUAUGCUGCACGUGCUCUGCGCGCGCUGGUCCUGGCGGCUCGAGGUGCUCGGGCUCGCCGCGUUCGCGCUGGGCUUCGCGGCGCUCGCGCAGGCGACCGUGCCCGAGUCGCCGGAGUUCCUCGCGAGCCGGGAGGAGAAGAUCGCCGCGCGGCCGUCGUCGAGCGGCGCGGAGGUCUACGGCCUCGUCGGCGAGAUCGACGACGAGCCCGACGCGAUUCCCGAGAAGCUCGCCGCGCGCGAGGCCGCGGGGCCCCUGGCGGCGCUCCUCGGCGACGCGGCGACGCGCGACCCCCUGCUGAAGCUCAUCGUCGUCUGGGGCUGCGUGUCCAUGUCCUACUACGGCCUCACGUUCUGCGCGGGGUCGCUGUCGGACCGCGUCGUCGCGAACUUUGUUCUUCUCAACGCCGCGGACGUGCCGGGCUACGCGCUCGCGGGCUACGCGACGAAGCGCACCGGCGCGCCGGAGCGCAUCCUCGUGGGCUUCGCCGGCGCCGCGGGCGCGGCGCUCCUGGGCCUCGCGCUCGGCGCGCCGACGCUGCUCGCGAUCUUCGGCAAGUUCUGCACCGCGGGCAUGUUCCAGCAGAUCUACAGCAUCACGACGGACCGCUUCGAGCCCGACGUCCGCGCGACGGCCUUCGGCACCUGCCGCGUCGCGGCCAUGCUCGCGACCUUCGCGUCGCCGCCCCUGGCGUCCCUGCCGCUCGCCGCCGCCGCGCUCGUCUUCGCCGCGUGCUGCGGCGUCGUCGCCGCGCUCACGCUCGCGCUCCGAUAG